CGUUAGCUGUAGUUUGUAGGUUUGCUUAUCGAUCCAGCCAAAAAUAAGCAACAUGAAAACUAUUUUUGACUAGUUUAGUCGUAACAACGCAACCGUAUCCGUCAUAAAACGUGAGAAAUUAGCUCGUAACUACUAAAAGUUGAGAAUGGAGCCUCUGGAUCAUGCCAAGAACGAUGAAGGUAGUGGAUUCUCCAGGCGCCGCAUCUCUUCGAUUUUAAAAGCACCACGUAAAUCAAUCAGAUUCCCUGACCCAGAGCAACAGGAAAAUAAGGUGGAGUAUGCCAAAAAACCAGUGGAAAAGAAGAUUUCAAGGAGAGUCAGUUUUGCCCCUGCAGACGAUGUUCUCCUGUUUUCAAUGGAUGUAAAAAAUGCCUCUCCUGCCCGAAGUCCUCUCCAAGAAUUAGUAGCAACGACAGUAGCAGCCCCACAAAAUAGGGUCCAGGUGGCAGUCCCUGAAGAUGGAAUUCAACAAAUUGCUGGAAUGGAAACCCUAUUGAAUGCUCCUCUACAUGCUUCUCAACAAAGGGAUAAGGUCAACUUUGAUACUGGGGAUGACUUUGGGGAGAAAACAGUGAUGUUUUCGACAGAUGAUGCAUUCAUGGACAUGACCCACAGUCACACUAUGAAAAUUGCCGGUGAUGCAGAAUUAUUUGAUAUUUCCCUUCAAAACUAUGACACAUUACCCACUAGCAGAGAUAAAACAGUGAUGUUUACUGAAAAUGAUGCAUCCAUGGAUAUGACCUUAAGUCAUACUGUGAACAUGACAAGCAGUUCAGUAUCACUACCCACGAACAGAAGCAUGGAUUUAAGUGUGGAGAAGAGAAACAUAACCUCAUCAGCGCCUUGUGUGGAUCCUAGUGGAUUGGAAAACUUCCUCGCAACUCUCUUUAAACCAAGUGGCCCCAGCAUUAAUCCUGUGAUCACCAGAAUGACUCUUCCUGCUGGAGCAUCCUCUUCAGAAAGAGACAACUCCCUGGCCCAGGUUAAAACACAAAGGGCUGUUGUGGAUAAAGGAAAUGAGGCUCCAACUUCUGUUUUAUCUGUGAAGGAGAGGUCUCUGAAUACAUCCAGGAAGACUGGUGAAUCAUCUCAUGGGAGUGCACUCUACCCAACGGCUGAUGUAAGCAUGGAUAUGACUGAGGCUCAGACAGACCGCAUUCAGGGAUUCACAGAUGAUGACAACCCCUUUCAGUGUCUUUUUCCCACACGAGAAAUGUACUCCGACAUUGACAACAGAGUGUCACAGACAGCAGAGAAGACCGAACAACAGCAGGGCACUAAAACGCUGGCGUCAUUCAACUCUAAAGGUGUGACAUCUUUGAGGAAUCCUUCUCUACAUGCUUCUCAUCAGAGACACCAGGUCAACCUUGAUACAAAAGAUGAAUGCAGAGAGAAAACAAUAAUGUUCACUGCAGAUGAUGAGUUCAUGGACAUGACUCAGAGUCACGCAGUAAACAUUGCCAGUGGUCCAUUAACUCCUCCAAACCAAAAUCACGCUUGUGGAAAAAUGAACAAUGCUUCAUCUGUGGUGGAGAGAAAACGUGAGACUUGUGGUCCCCUCGGCUCGACAACAAAUGGUUCGGAUCUAGAAAGGGCUUCCAGUGGUAAUCUUGCGAUUGCCAGAAUGGUGCAUCCUGCUGCAGCAUCCUUUAAAGAAGCUGUCGGCACAAACAGCUUCCCGUCCCAGUUUAAAACUGAUGUUAGUAAAGAAAAUCCAUCACUAAAUACGAGGAACUUUGGAAAGUCUUUUAAUGGAGAUACAAUCUGUCCUGAAGAUGAUGUGAACAUGGAUAUGGCUGACACUCAUACAGGACUGCAUACACUGGAGUCAUUUAACAGUACAGGCGUGGAAACCUCAUUGAAACCAUCAUUAAAGUCGGAGGUAGAAAGACACCAGGUCAAAUUUGAUGCUGAAGAUGACUGCAGAGAGAAAACACUGAGGUUUUCUGCAGAUGAUGCAUGUAUGGAUUUGACACAAAGUCACACUGUAAAUGUAAUUGACUUCACCAGAGGAGACAUGUACCCCCAAAGUGGUCAUUUGAAGAAAGCAGAGAUGACUUCACAUCAGCAGCCCAGUGAAGCUUUGCGGUCAUCUAACCAUAAAGGUGCGGAAACUUCAUUGACUGCUUCUUUAAGGACGAAGGCUCUAAGACAUCAGGUCAAGUUUGAUGCUGAAGACGACUGCAGAGAGAAAACAGUGAGGUUCACCGCUGAUGAUGCCUGCAUGGAUGUGACACAGAGUCACACUGUAAACAUCGUCAGUGAUUUACAACGGCAGUCACACCAAAAUGUGGGCUUUUUACCUGCUUGUGGAGAGAAAAGAGUGAGGUUCCCUGCAAAUGACGCAGCAAUGGAUGUGACACAAAGCAACACUGUAAAUAUUGCCACCCAUUUCCCCCCACAGUCACACCAAAAUGUGGACUUUUUACCUGCUGGUGGAGAGAAAACAGUGAGGUUCACUGCAAAUGAUGCAGCAAUGGAUGUGACACAAAGUCACACUGUUAACAUCGCCACUGAUGUGGACCCACGGUCACACCAAAAUGUGGGCUUUUUACCUGCUGGUGGAGAGAAAACAGUGAGGUUCACUGCAGAUGAUGCAGCCAUGGAUGUGACAGGAAGUCACACUGCAAAUAUUGGCACUUGUUUAGAACUGCAUUCUUACCAAAAUAUGGACUUUGUACCUGCUUGCGGAGAGAAAACGAUGCGGUUCACUGCAAAUGAUGCAGCCAUGGAUGUGACACGAAGUCUCACUGUAAACAUUGCCACUGAUUUAGACCCGCAGUCACACCAAAAUGUGGACUUUUUACCUAUAGGCGGAGAGGAAACAGCGAGGUGUAUCACAAAUGAUGCAGCCAUGGAUGUGACACGAAGUCUCACUGUAAACAUUGCCACUGAUUUAGACCCGCAGGCACACCAAAAUGUGGACUUUUUACCUGUAGGCGGAGAGAAAACAGCGAGGUGUAUCACAAAUGAUGCAGCCAUGGAUGUGACACAAAGUCACACCAUAAACAUUGCCAACAAUUUAGUGUUAGAUUCAGUUCUUCCACACCGAGAUUCUAACAUUUUAUCCAAGCAUGAAAACAUGGAUUUUCCUUCAUCUGUGAAGAAGAGAGAAAGUAAGACAUGUAAUUCACGUAGAAAUCCAUCUUCAUCAACACACACUUUGGAUCCAGGAUUUAGAAACUCCCUGUCUAAAAUGAGUGGUCCCUGGGCUAAUCCUGUGAUCACCAAAGCAGUGGCUCCUGCUCCACAAUCCCCUCCAGAAACUGUAGACACAAAUGGCUUCCUAGAUCAUAAAACACAGAAGCCUGAUGUGAAUGCUGAAAUGGAAACUCCAGGUUUUCACCCAGAAAAUCCAGUAAAUAAAACCAUGACAGACUGUCUUGAGGUCAAUGUAAACAUGGAUAUGACCGAAGCUCAAACAGGCAACAUUUUGGUCGAAGCGUGUACAGAUGAGCCACAUCAAAGCCUUUCUUCCACACAGCAUUUGUACCCCGAUUCUGACCAUGUGAAUAUUACAGAGGUGACUUCACAUCAGAACAAUGGAGCUCCGCGAUCAUCCAACCCUGAUGGUGUGGAAAUCACCAACUGUCCAGACUCUCUUGACUCACAUGAAACUGACAACAGGAAGAAACCUGAACCUAGAAAUCAGACCUGUUCACCCAGUGUUGUUGACCAUGAUGUCGAUGCAGCACCUUCACGGAAGUCUAAACGAAUGAGUUUGGCCGAUCUCCACUCAAAAGUAAGACGACUGAGCCACAUGGUAAAUACACCUCUGGAUACUAUUGCCAUAGCACCUUUGGAACAGCUGGAACACAACAUGGACAAAAACUCAGAAGACAAAACCAAAUCCCUUCCUGGAAUGGAACCUGGACUUGAAAUGGGUUUGGUAAACACUGAAGAAAAUACACAAGCUCAUUGUCUUAUGGAAGAAGACCCCUCUACUACUCCUGCCACUCCUUUCAACUUGAAGACUAAACAACUUAUGUCAAGACUCUCAGUGGGAGGCUUUAAGCCAAAGCUGCCCAAAAGAAGCAAACCUGACGAUUCAAAGAAGGUGAAUUCAGUGGAGGAAUAUACAAAGACGAUCACUGUCAAUGUUGCUAAUCAACUGAGCGACUUCGACGAUGUGAGCGACAUUUACGAUGAAGAGCUCGGAAGCUUUGAAGAUACGACGCCACUGCCAGUAAACGAAAAUGAUAUGGAGGAUGAGAAGAGAAUGAAAACAUCUGCUGAGAUGGCCGCUGACUUUGAAAUGGGAUCACAGUCUCAUCUUGUAGAGUGUGACGGUAACAUUACUACAGCUCCAUCCAUGACUACACAGUCCACUGAUGACUCCAACAGCACUCACACGGCCAGCAUCAGAUGUGAGGCUACGUUUGAAUCAACUUUCAAACAAAGCCUGUUUGAAUCCCAGCUUGAAGACUAUGCCAGUGACAUGCAGAGGAAAUUCGAUGAUGGCACCAUGACAGUGUUAGAGUUCUUUAAACUCUUCAACAUAGACUUUGUCAUUCACAAUCCUCGGCAAAGUGUCCUCCCUGGCAGACUUUUGUCAGACACAGAUCGCACACCGAUGGAUUUACUGAAAGACAGGCAUGUCAACCGUCCUAAACAGAUGGUGUAUGAGACAAACGUCCUGAGCCUAACAGAGAAGGUGGAGGGGUUGAAGGAGCGCAUGCAGGAUCUAGACAAACCGCUGAAGAUUGUCAAUAGACCUCUGUGGGAGGAAAUGAGUAAUUCUUCAGAAAAAGAGCUCAAAUCUUUUGGCGCGAAACUAAAAGAGCGAAAUAACUUGUUCAGAAAGACGAGCAAAGUUCAGUCCCAUGACAUGAAGGAGGUGUUGUACUCCAACCUUGUGCAGGCUAAUCUGGAGGAGCAACAGAGGUUGAGAGGAACGAUCGAGGAAGCAGAUGAGAUGAUAAAAAGUUUGGAUGACUGCAUUUGUCAGUUAGAAACAGAACUUGCUGCAGUCGAAGAAAAAGGCUUCGAAGACACGCCAAGUCUGAAAUCACUUCAGGAAGAAAUGCAGAAAGUCACAGAGGCAUUGGAAGAUAAUGACCGACAAAUAUCUGAACUGGAGAUGCAGAAGAAGCCAAAUUCAAAUAAACUGAACAGGCUGAGAGCUGAGACAAGGAAGCUCGAGAGCCACGUCGCCAUGCUGCAUACGUUGAAUGAAUGGAAGUUCGGAGAGAAGGGAGACAACUGCACAGCCUACACUUUCCUCCAUGAGACCUUCCAUCUGCAGUUGGUGUUUGAAAAAUCCACUGGGAAUGAUGCUGAUAAUCAGUCGGAGAGGAAAAUAUCACACAUCACGUUCAAACAUCAGCUUGACGAUGAGAAGUCUCAGGGCCAUGCCUGCCUCGUCCACAAACUGCUCUCUCAGUACACUGAGGGAGAAGCUGCCUGGGUGGAGAAGUAUCCAACGAGCAGACAUGUUCCAGAGCUGCUCCAUGACGUGGGCCUGGUGGUGAGUCGCUGUCGUCUGCUAGGAGAGGAGCUGCGUCUGCUGACAAUGUGGGGGGGUCUAAGGCUCGAUAUUGUCAGCAUCAGCUGUGUGGACACUCAAGUUUGCAUCAUCUUCAGCAGUCUUAAGACAUUUUCCAAGUUUGAGGUGGUCUUCUCUGUCAGUUUGACCAACCACCUCUAUGUCCUUCAAGUGCAGAGCUUCAAAAACAUGAUCGGAAGCACAACGAUCCAGCAGAUUGAAGAGAUUGUGGCAUCGUUCAGUCCAGCCAGGAACCUCUUGACAAAGAUUGUCAAAAAGAUUCAUGAAAAUCUACUCUGCUGAGACCAACUAUUGUUUCUAAUCAAACUGAUUUGUACAAAAUAGAUGUUGAAAGAUGAAAAACUAUAAAAUCUGUUAACUGAAAAUGAAUAUAGUCUAAAUGUUCCCAGUCUGUUUUCUUCUUCCAUGGUGUGCAUCAAGUGAUGGUUUUUCCUGUAUUUUGUGUUGUCCUCAUAAUGCAGCUGCACAUGUCCAAUAUGCAUAACAAUUUGCAUUUUGUUAGAAAAUACUUUGGUUUCCAAUGUAGUGCAUAGAAAGGGACAACAUAAAUAUAAAAAUCGUUAGAAUACAGUAAAUCAGAUCCACAGCUGCAGCUCAUGUCCUUUUAAUCAGAACUUUGACCAGAAGUCAAAAUUAUCUGCAAUCUCUGACAUUUAGGUGCCCAAACUUCUCAAAAGAAUUAAAUUGCCAAAGUAUUUUGUUGUUUUUGUUCUUGAAUAAGUGGAAUAAUGGCCCAGCUACAUUGUAGUUAGAGGUUAUUCAAACCAUGCUCAAUUGUAUUAGCGAUGUCAUCUAGCUAGAAAAUUUGGUUUAAUUUAUCUUUUCUUAGUGUUCAUGCGCAACAUUUAAAAGAUUAAAUUCACUUGUCUGUCACUGGUCUGGAGUGCAGACAGUGUAAUGUUUUCUGUGCAGUUUCCAGAGUCGCCUCCAGAUGGUGAACAUGGACCGAUUUUGUUUCUGUAAAGGAGCCCUGAUAGUACAUAUCAGCUGGAUCCUGUAUGUGAGACAAGCACCGACAAAAGGUUGUAUAUCUUCCAUGCUCUGUUGUAAAUAUGAUUCUCUAUACUUUGUUCCUAAUAUUUUUCCCACACUUCUUGUGAUCUUUUUAAUUUUUAAUAAAAAUUGUUAAUAAAUACUCAAAGGUUUCCAU